CUUUUCUUUACAUCAGAAUCAUCCAAACCUUUAUCUGAUUUGCCUCUUAGGCAUCUCCAUGUCACCAAACAACAACGCGCCAUCUUCACAGACCGGCACCGACCGCGACAAAGACGAGCAGCAACGCUCCCAGUGAAGCUCACAAACAAACUUGAUUUUGGGAAUCUGUCUUUCUGCACUGAAAUAAAUCAAAAUGCCACCCAAGCGAGGCCGUGGUGGCGCCCGUGGCGGGGCGCGGGGCGCAUCUCGAGCGCGUGGCACACCUGGACCCUCAACCGUCGACGACACACGCGAGGCGACCCCUGUCGUGGAUCCCACGAUGAGAUCGCGGCGCACACCCGCACCCAGCAGGUUCAGCAGCUCAUACGGCUCGCCCGUGGUCCUGAACUCAUCGCGCAACCUCUCUGGAGGCAGCGCCCGAUCCGCCAUCGGUGCUGCUCUCGAGACGAUCAAGACCGCGAACGAGGAGGACCUCCAGCAGAGUGAUUCUGACGCGACUGGUCGCAGCGACGACCACGACGACAACAGCGCUCGCGGCAGCGACGACGAUACCCGAGCUAUGCCGCCACCCCCCCUUCCCAUACAAAGAGGACUUCGAGGUCGCAGGGCCGGUUCCGUCCAGCCUGUCAGCCUAUUUGACGGUGGCUCGUCUCCUCAAACUCGUUUUGGCUCAGAGCCACCAUACUCUGAUGCUAUGUCUCAGAGAAGCUUCGUUGAGGAGAGCCAGAUCUACAGCGGUGCGGACUUUGCUACGCCCCGACGGCCUCGAGCCACUGGUCCCGAUCGCUCGCGACAGUCUCCCGCCACUCGAUCCUCAGCUCGUCUCGCUGCCAAGAAUUCUGCAGCGAGAAGCGAUGCCAGCGUCACGCCAUCUCCACCUAGGCCAGGCGCAAACACGCACGCCCGAGUGCCUCCCCCCAUGUCCGACUCCAUCGAUGAAAAUGAUGAAGAGGACCCUCUCCUGAACCCUACUCCUCGCGGCCUGCCUGCUAGAAAGGGCUCUGUCGAUGCCGCCUCACCCGAUCUCAGCGAUCGCAUGCGUAGGGCCCGUGCAGCUCGAGGCCCUCGACUGCUGUCUGAGAGCGACCGAGGCGAUUCAAGUGAGGAUAGCGAUGUCGGUCCCAUAACAUUCUAA